UGAGCCGAGCCGGAGCCCCGCAGCCGCGUCGCGCCGCCCAGGCAGGGGGCCCCGGGUGCCCGGGAGCCCCGCAGCGGGAACCGGGGCCCCAAGCAGUGCCCGCCGCCUCCUCCUCGUCCUCUCAUCGCUCAUCGCUCGCGGCGGUCUCCCCCCGGGCCGCCCCGCCGCCCGCCUCCGGCCGGGGGAGUCGCUGUCGCCCGUUUGAGCGCGGCGGCCCUGAGCCCGCGGAGCCGGAGGGGAGCGGAGCGGAGCGGCUGUCAGCCGGGCGGCGGCAGGAUUCGGAAAUUGGUGCUGGGCCCCUAUCGGAAGAGUUCACGUGAAGACUGCCCAUGGCCGGCCAAUGCUCGCGGUUGCUGAAGCUCUAGGACCCUGCUGGUUUGCUGUUUAAUCACCUGAAGAGUCCAGUUUUUCCCAUGAGCCAUCUUUCACCUCUGGGAGAUAGAGGUGCAAAGUAGGUCAACAUGAGUGGCCUUGGGGACAGCUCGACAGACCCCGCCAACCCCGACUCGCGGAAGAGGAAAGGCUCGCCCUGCGAUACGGCCCAGAGCAAUGAAAAGCGGCGGCGGGAGCAGGAGAACAAAUAUUUGGAGGAGCUGGCGGAGCUGCUGUCUGCAAACAUCGGCGACAUCGACACUCUGAGUGUCAAACCAGACAAAUGCAAGAUCCUGAAGAAGACGGUUGAUCAGAUCCAGCAGAUGAAGAGGUUGGAGCAAGAGAAAGCAGCUGAUGAUGAAGUCCAGAAGUCUGACAUCUCAUCCAGCAGCCAGGGAGUGAUCGAGAAGGAGUCGCUGGGACCUCUGCUGCUGGAGGCACUGGAUGGCUUCUUCUUCGUCGUGAAUCGCGAAGGGAGGAUCGUCUUCGUCUCUGAGAACGUCACCAGCUACCUGGGGUACAACCAGGAGGAGCUCAUGAACACCAGUGUCUACAGCAUCCUGCACGUGGGGGAUCACACCGAGUUCGUCAAGAACUUGUUGCCCAAGUCUCUAGUGAAUGGAGUUCCUUGGCCUCAGGAAGCGACCCGGCGCAACAGCCACACCUUCAGCUGCAGGAUGCUGAUCCGGCCACCUGACGAGCCCGGCACCGAGAACCAGGAGGCUCGCCAGCGCUACGAGGUGAUGCAGUGCUUCACCGUUUCCCAGCCCAAGUCGUUCAAGGAGGAAGGAGAAGAUUUCCAGUCCUGUCUGAUAUGCAUUGCGAGAAGGUUACCUCGACCAGCAGCCGUCACCCCUUCCGAAUCCUUCGUGACCAAGCAAGACACCACAGGUAAAAUCAUCUCCAUCGACACCAGCUCCCUGAGAGCUGCCGGCAGGACGGGUUGGGAAGAUUUAGUGCGGAAAUGCAUCUAUGCUUUCUUCCAGCCUCAGGGCAGAGAGCCAUCUUACGCCAGGCAGCUAUUUCAAGAAGUGAUGACACGCGGCACGGCCUUCAGCCCGUCGUACCGAUUCACCCUGAGCGACGGGACGGUGCUCAGCGCCCACACCAAGUGCAAGCUCUGCUACCCCUCCAGCCCAGAAGUGCAGCCCUUCAUCAUGGGCAUCCACAUCAUCGACAGGGAUCACGGCAUGCUGUCCCCCCAGGAGAACACUAACUCGGCCAUGGCCCUUCCGCGGGUCAGCCCCUCGCUGAACCCCAGCAUCUCCCCCGGGCAAGGCAUGGCCCUGCCGCCCUCCAUCCCUCCCUCCAACGGCAGCAUGCUGGCCACCCCUGGCAACCAGCAGCCCGGCACCGGCCUCCACAGCAGCAACUCCAGCACCAGCCAAACGAGCUACGGCUGUUCUCCUGGGAACCAGAUAGGAGCCAAUGUUGCCUUAAGCCAGGGACAAGCCGGUCCCCCGAACAGUAACCACACUUUAAACCUCAAUAGCUCCCCCAUGAACAGCCCAGGGAUCACCCCGCCGCAAUUCAUGUCUCCUAGGCACCGGGUCAGCCCGGGACUGGUCCCCCGGCCCCGGGGACCCAGCAAUCCCUUCUCCCCCACCAUGCCCACCAUGCACUCCCCCGUGGGCAUGGCGAACAGCGGCGGGGGCGGCAACGGUGGUGGUGGUAGUGGCGGCUCCAGGUCCUUUCCCACCGCCCCCAUAAACUCUUUGCAGGGGCUUAGCGAAGGUGCCAGCACGCCGGUGGGCUACUCCACGCCACCCCCUGUGCUGAGACAGCUGGGCUCCCAGAGCUCGCCUGGCCGCCUCGGCAUGCAGCCCAUGAAAGCGGAGUCCAAGGACAGCAAGGAGAUCGCCUCCAUCCUGAGCGAGAUGAUCCAGUCCGAUGGCGGCGCGGGUGAUGGCAAGCCGCUGGACUCGGGCGUGCUGCACGCCGGUGAGAGGCUCACGGAGGGGGAGAGCAAGUGCUCCCAAGCCACCAGCCACAAGCUGGUCCAGCUGCUGGCCAGCACGGCGGAGCAGCAGCUUCGGCACGCGGACGCGGACACGAGCUGCAAGGAUUCGUUGGCCUGCGCGGGCACCACGGGCACGCUGGGUGCCGGCAACCCGCCGAGCAGCACCUGUCCCUCCUCCCAUAGCUCGCUGACCGAGCGGCACAAGAUUUUGCAUAGACUCCUUCAGGAGGGCAGCCCUUCUGACAUCACCACCUUGGCCAUGGAGCACGACAAAAAAGAUAACGUCCCCAACCCCGCCACCACCCCGACAGCUCCGAGCCAGCUGCCGGGCACCCCGGACAUCAAGCUGGAGUCGGAUGCGAUGAAAAAGAAAGAUGUCAAGGAUCACCAGCUCCUGCGCUAUCUGCUUGAUAAGGACGAGAAGGAGCUCGCUGCCGCCCCAGCCCUCAGCCUGGACGAUGUGAAGGUGAAGGUGGAGAAGACGGAGCAGAUGGAGCCCUGCAACACCACCCCAGUGCCGCUGGCCAAGCCGCCGGCCGCAGAGGAAGUCAAGCUGGAGUCACAGGGCCAGUUUGCUGCCGAACUGGAGCAGCUGGACCAGCUCCUGCCAUCGCUGGAGAAAGCUGCCCAGCUGCCGGGCUUGUGCGGGCCGGAGAGGAACGAGAGCAGCGUGGCCGUCAAACCCGAAAUGCUGACAGCCCCCCUGCAACCCAGCACUGCCCCCAGGGCCCCCGCCGGCCUCAACCCUAUGAGCAGCGGGCAGGGCAUGCAGGCAGCUCGGGCCCCCUUUGAGUUCUGCGACCCGCUGGAGCCGGCUCAGCUCAGGCCAGUUGCUUUCCCUGCAACCAACGGCAGCAGCCCGCGGCCCCGCGCGCCGGCCGAGCAGGGCAGGGGCACUGUGCCGGGACCAAACCCCUUCCCACCUGACACAGGGAUGUCGGAGCUGGAGAUGGGGGUGCCAGAUCACCAGUUUGGGCAGCCGGGCAUGGGCGAGCAGAUCCCAUGGACAGAUAACAGCAUGGCACCCAUCAACCGAGGCACGCUGAGUAAACCCGAAGACCCCUGCAUCACCUCGCAGCUGGACGAGCUCCUGUGUCCUCCCACCACCCCGGAGGGCCGCAACGAUGAGAAGGCGCUGCUGGAGCAGCUCGUGUCCUUCCUGAGCGGCAAGGACGAGACGGAGCUGGCCGAGCUGGACCGAGCCCUCGGCAUCGACAAACUGGUGCAGGGCGGCGGGCUGGAAGCCCUGACGGAGCGUUUCCAGCCCCAGCAAGCCACCCCUCCGCUGAUGAUGGAGCAGAAGCCCGGCAUGUACCCCCAGCCUUACUCCUCCGCAUCUCCCACCACCAACCUCCCUGCCGCCUUCCCCGGCAUGGUCCGGCAGAAGCCGUCCUUCGGUCCCAUGCCGGUGCAGGUCCCGCCGCCGCGCGGUGCCUUCCCCACCACCAUGGCCAUGCAGCCCCGGCAGGCGCUCAGCCGGCCCCCCACGGCUCCCAACCAGCUGCGCCUUCAGCUGCAGCAGCGGCUGCAGGGCCAGCAGCAGCUGAUCCAUCAGAACCGGCAGGCGAUCCUCAACCAGUUUGCAGCCAGCUCCCCGGUGGGCAUCAACAUGAGGGCGGGCAUGCAGCAGCAGAUGACCCCGCAGCCUCCCCUCAACGCCCAGAUGCUGGCCCAGCGCCAACGCGAGCUCUACAGCCAACAGCACCGGCAGCGGCAGCUCAUGCAGCAGCGAGCCAUCCUCAUGCGACAGCAGAGCUUCGGCAACAACCUCCCACCCUCGGCCGGGCUCCCGGUGCAGAUGGGGGCCGCCCGCCUCCCCCAGGCCCCCCCGCAGCAGUUCCCUUAUCCCCCCAACUACGGUACGAGCCCCGGGAACCCUCCCACCUCCACCAGCCCCUUCUCGCAGCUGGCGUCCAGCCCUGAGGCCGCGUUGGCCAACCGUGGCGGCAUGGUGACCAGGGGGAUGAUGGGCGGCGUCGGAGGGCAGUUCGGCGCCGGGAUGACGCCGCAGAUGCAGCAGAACAUCUUUCAGUAUUCGGGAUCAGGCAUGGGUCAGCAGAACGAGCCCGCCUUCGCCCCCUCGCUCAGCCCCAGCAGUCCCCUGAUGUCACCGCAGCUCCCUCCGUCUCAAAGCCCCAUGCUGCAGCCGGCGCCGCCCGCACCGGGCUAUCAGUCACCCGACAUGAAGACCUGGCAGCAGGGAGCCAUGGGGAACAGCAACGUAUUCAGCCAAACGGGGCAGACCCAGCCAGCACCGGCCCAGCAGGGAAUGUACAACAACAUGAGCAUCACCGUCUCCAUGGCGGGAGGAAACACCAACGUCCAGAACAUGAAUCCCAUGGCGGGACAGAUGCAGAUGAACUCGCUGCAGAUGCCUGGGAUGAACUCCAUGUGCUCGGAGCAGGUAAACGACCCGGCGCUGAGACCCACGGGCCUUUACUGCAACCAGCUUUCCUCCACUGACCUUUUGAAAACAGAAGCAGAUGGGGCGCAGCAGGUACAGCAGGUUCAGGUGUUUGCCGACGUGCAGUGUACAGUGAAUCUGGUAGGAGACCCCUACCUGAACCCGCCGGCUCCCCUGGGCGCCCCGAAAGCCGCCGCGGUGCCGCCGACCCCGCAGGGCCAGCAGAAGAGCCUUCUUCAGCAGCUACUGACUGAGUGAAACCGCUUUUCGAGGAAUGUGAAAAACAAAAAAAAAAAA